CUCUCUCUCCUGCUUCUCCUUCUUCCCUCCACCUUUUCCCUCGUUUCCUUCCCCUCCACCUCUCUCUCUCUCUCUCUCUCUCUCUCUCUCUCUCUAAAAGCCUUCGUGGGAGAGCUUGGGAGGAGGAGAUAGAGAUAGGCAUGGGAAAGUACAUGAGGAAGGCGAAGGUGUCGGGGGAGGUGGCGGUGAUGGAGGUCUCCGCCCAGUCCUCCCUGGGCGUCCGCACCCGCGCCCGCACCCUCGCACUCCAGCGCCUACAGAAGCCCUCCCCGGUGCCGGACUCCUCCUCCUACCUCGAGCUCCGCAGCCGCCGCCUCGAGAAGCCACCGCCCCUCGCCCCCAAAGCCCCCCCGGCCAGGCCCCCCCAUCGAACCAAAGUGGCGAAUACCGCCGACUCCGACAAGGGCUCGCCGGAGGCCUCGCCGGAUGCCGAGGUGUCGUCCGGGGAGAAUGUUCUCGAGGCCGAAGCAAGGGACAGGAGUGUCAGGGAGACUACGCCUUGCAGUUUGAUAAGGAAUUCAGAAACCAUAGGAACUCCUGGUUCUACAACGAGGCCCACCAGCUCAACUGCCACCAACCGGAGAAUGCAGAAUUCAAUGCGCAGGAACAUCCCAACGGCCCAUGAGAUGGAAGAAUUUUUUGCUGGGGCUGAGCUACUCCAACAACAAAUAUUUAUGGAGAAGUACAACUUUGAUCCAGUGAAUGACCACCCACUUCCUGGCCGGUAUGAAUGGGUGGAACUGGACUCUUAGGCUGCGGAUCUCCACCUUGGUGCUGCUUCUUUUCCUGCAGCUUCUUCAUUGAUCUCUGCCCAGGGCUUUCAAGGGAGGGCUGGGCUGCAGCAGUGGUGGUGGUGGCUAUCACUACCCUUUCUUUUAUGUUGUAAAAAAACCAGUAGUCCCAAAGGAACUUUGCAAUCUAAUGGUCUGUAACCCAUAUAGAGCUGAUGAGCUACAUCUAGAGAAGAAAAACCCACAGGUUCAAACUCACUGCAACUCUAACAGAUCAUGCAGAGGGGAAAAAAAGUAGGGUCAAUCUUUUUAUAGUUUUCCUUGAUAGAACCAGUUAUGUAUUAGGCUCUUUUGUUGGGUAGGAGGUAUACAUUGCUGCAUCUGAUCUUGUAUUUUGUCUAUACUGCUGCUGAUGGACCUGAAAAGCUCAUUGGGAAAUAAAGUGACCCAUUUGCCCUUGUAUUCUGCCCCU